AUGCCUGAUUCAAAAUGCUAUAAAACUCAAUCAAUAAAUCCCCAUUCUUCUCAACCUUACUUCUCUAGAAUUUUGCUGCCUCCGGAGUCAAGAGCUGAGUCACGAAGAGGCUCUUUUCGUGGAUAUGGUUCUCGGACUAGCAGCAACUCUGGUAGACAUAGCCUUCAAAGUGACGUGAGCGCUUCAUCAAAGUUUCUGACUCGCGAACCUCUAGUUACAGCCCCCUCACUUUUUAAUUUUCAACCGGCCUCCCCUUUCGGCUCAUUUAAUUUGAAAUGUCGUCCUGUGAACAAACCCAGGAAAUUUGUGCAACAUCUAAACCCUCCUUCUACCAUAGAAAAAGCCUUGAGAAUACUUGAAUCUAAAAAAAGGUCCGCAGAAGAACGACACAAUGAGGAGCCGAUAUUACCCAGGGAGGGUAAGCGGAGGCGUUUAGCGAGCAAUAACAGCUGUCAAAACAUUGCGGAUGUUUUCCAUUUGUCUUCAGACAAGAAACUAGAUGAGUAUUUUUGUACCUCUCUGAAUGAAAUAAGAGAUCUUGAUAAUAGGAGCUCCCCACGAGUAAAUCAUGAAAAUGGCCUACCCAUUACCCAGUCUCCGCUUUGCAGGAUAAAUGAAUCUACCCCAAAUUUCCCCACAUCUAGUCCUGUCGCCAAUUCAAAUAGUGAAGGACCCGCUACGACGAAUCAGCGAGCAUGCCAUGAUGGCCCUCAGACAUCACGGAGCUCACCUUAUAGUACCUCCAGCUUGAUUCGUCGGCGUGCCAUGUUUAUGUCGUCAGUAGAGCUUGAGGAACAGGUUCGCAUUUCUCAGAAUCGCUCCAAAUCAAAUGGCGAUAAUGCUCCAAGCCCGGUCGGGCCUCAAAGACGCCCGGCUAGUACAUAUGGACUAUCAACCUGUGUAGAUUUGGAUGAUUCAGAUUUGGCGUCACCUGUCGUCAAUUCGCAAGAUGAAAAGGCUAUGGCCAAACGAAUCAAACGAGACGAUUCUUCUAGCGGGCCACCCAGGCUACCGACCAUCCUUCUCUCUCCUAUACCCGCUCCAAAACGUGUGUCCUCGAUCACUGAUUUUUUAAACGGCCUUAAUGGCAGAGUUCGUGCUACCGCUAGGCGUAAUCUGUAUAAAGGGGCCUCUACCUUUUCGCGAGCAGAUACUGUUCCCAUAGGUUCUGGGGAUGCUGUCAUGGAGUCGAGAAUACAGAAAAUCCGUAGGAUUUUGUCAUCUUUCGCUCCAGAUUCCGUCCAGGUUCAGCAGGUUCCGCAAAAGGAAUCACCCAAAAAAUCUCAACCGUCAUUUACUGCCGUUGAAAGGCCUCCCUCAGCUCCUGGUGCUGUGCUCUCUAGCGCAACCACUAGUUCAUCUAUCGAGUCUGGGAAGAUGAAAAAACCAUAUGACUCCGCCUCUCCUGCAGCAUCGUUAUGUAGUCAAAUCACCACAAGUCCUAUAUUUACGGGAUCUGUCCAAAAGGAUUUUACCCAAGGGUUAUCUCCUGGCGACCCAGGUGUAUCCUCGGAUGCGACGCAUAAAUUAAAGCUUGUAGAACCACCUUCUGCCCCAUGUGGUAGCUUCACUUCAACGCCUGGCAUCAUUCAGCCACAGCUACCUACAUCAAGUAAUCCCUUGCAGCCUUCCUUGAACCUUGGUUCCUCAGGAGUGCCUGCGCUAAACUCCAUCGACAAUGAACCACAACUUCAUAAACACCCUCUCCCUAGCGCUGCAUCAGUAUCACCUCUUGUAACUACACUUUCCAGUUCCACGACAUCCGGAUUCAAGGGUUUCUCGUUUCAGCCAGUUUCCAGCAAUGCAGAUUCUAUUUUGAAACCUGGAAGUUUGGUCACCCCGCCCACUUUUAAAUUUGGUAUCUCUUCCUCUAUUACACCGGCAGCCCAAACAUCUGCCACUGCUUCACCCGCUCCUUUUACCGGCUUUAAUUUCUCAUCAAAACCUUCAACUCCCGCCAUGCACCCAGCUCCUUCGAGUCCCUCCCAGAUCCCUAUGUUUCCACCAAAAACAGACCAGCCAAGUACUUCCCUCUUAUCUGCACCCUCGCAUGCCUCAAUUUCCUCUCCAAUCGUUGCUCCCAGGCCGACUAAACUUCCUGACCUUUCUGUGCCAGUCGCUUCAACUACUUCAGUCACUUCCAGCCCAGGCAUGCCUCCUUUUAAUUUUUCAGCAUGUUGGUCGCCCCAACCAUUACCCAGCGCUGCUGCUCCUACUCCCUCUGCUGGGACUGCCAUUUCGACCAUCUCUGACCCUGCUCUCACUCCUCCCGUCAGUAACCUGUUCCAGUUCGGCGCAAAACUGCCUGUUUCUUCUGCAACUGCGCCACUCUCUGCUCCACCUCCCUUCACCUUCGGCUCUGGCCAAAUUCCCUUUGGCUCUACAUGUGCCCCUGGAACUCUUUCGCUCAGUCCUUCUCUUCAUUCUUCUGUCAAUUUUUCCCAGUUACUUUCCAAACCCUCUGUCCAAACAACGCCUCUC